AAAGUAAUUUAAAUAACCUUCAACAUUUCACUAAACUUUGAAUAAGCAAACAGUUGUUGUUUUUUUAAAUGGACAACCUUAAAGCUUAAACUGUCUCUCCUGAGGUUAUCUUGAAUUGGAAGGGAAGCUAAAGGGAAGGAAAAGCAGCGAUGUCUGAACAAGUUAAGGACAAGCCACAAAAAGCAGAGAAGAAAGUGAAGCUUCCCACGGAGGGACCCAGAGCCAAAGAAAAAGCUGGCCGGAUUAAAGAGCCUGCCAGUGCGCAUGUGGACGAGCAUGUGGCCCAUGAAGAUCAUCCUGCAGCUGCCGUGAUUCCAAAUUCUUACCAACUGGGUCCUUCUAAACCAUUCCCUAUCACUACUGUUUCACACAUACUGAAGGAAGAAAUCACCCAUCACCUCCAAGAAAUGGAUUACGAUCCACUGCUCUCUCGAGAAAUGACCCUAACUCUCUGUGAAGUGAUAAGGACCCGUGUGAAGGACCUCAUGAUACCCAGGUUCAAAAACGUCAUCCUGGUCCACAUUGGCCAGCUCAACGGUCAGGGGUUGCAGAUCAGCAGCCGCUGUCUGUGGGAUCCAAACGUCGACACCUUUGUGUCCCACUCCUUCAAGAACACCUCUCUGUUUUGCAGCGCCACCGUGUACGGGCUCUACUUUGAGUAAAGUAGAACCCGUCAGGUCAAGUUGUCUCUUUGCCAAAUGCUUUAUUUUUGAGCAAACACUUUGAAGUAGAAAUUCUUCAGUACGUGACUGUCUGUAUAUAGUAGUUUGUGUUAUCAGAAGUCACUUACCAUGUGUUUCUCCUUUUUUCAAUGCUGAAGCUGUUGCAGAAUCUUCCAGUAUUCUGCCAAGGACGUUUUUCUUGUAGGAUAAAAGCUACAAAAUGCAAGGACUGAUUAGAGCCAGACCAAAUAGGCCGAUGUUGCAACUUCUGUACAGAACAGUGUUCUUACAUGGAAUGUGUAUAUAAAACAGAGGCAUCUGUGAGGUGUUGCUCUGACCUUUCUAAUUUUGUUGUGUUCAGAGCCCUUGGACGCUUGACCGCCGUAAAAUAAAAUACUUG